UUGUUCAACGCUCUCAUCAUUUCCCACCAGACCUCCUUGACUACUUCACCAUCACCACUCUAGACACCAUUUUUUUCUGCUCCCCCAUUACAAGUCCCAUCUAUUCAAAUUUCAUACACAUCUUCCAAUCGGACAGAUUAAAAGAAAAACAAGAGAGAGAUGAUGGGUUUAUUAACUUUGCUCUUGCUCUGUCUCUCCCUCCUAGUUUCUUUCUCUGGUGCAGACAUCUCUGUAAAAGUCGGUGUGUGCUACGGCCAGCUGGGGAACAACCUGCGGUCUCCAUCGAAAUCCGUAGAACUCAUAAAAUCCCUGAGAGCCAAGCGAGUGAAGCUCUACGAUGCAAACCCACAAAUCCUGAAGGCCCUGAAAGGCACCGAUCUCCAGGUCUCAAUCAUGGUCCCUAACCAGCUCCUCCCCAACAUCUCCACUAACCAAUCCUUAGCCGACGACUGGGUCCACACCAAUGUCUUCCCCUUCUUCCCCCAAGUCAAGAUCCGCUACCUCCUCGUCGGCAACGAAAUCCUCAGCUCCUCCGACAACACCACCAUCCACAGCCUCGUACCCGCCAUGCGCCGAAUCCAAACCUCAAUCAAAUCCCACAAUUUCCAUAAAAUCAAAGUCGGCACACCUCUCGCCAUGGACGUUCUCGAAUCUUCCUUCCCACCUUCCAAUGGUACGUUUCGGUCUGACAUUUCCGGUCCGGUAAUGGAACCCCUUUUGCAAUUCUUGAACCGGACCAAAUCCUUCUUUUUCUUGGAUCUCUACCCGUUUUUCCCCUGGUCGUCUGACCCGACCCAUAUCAAACUCGAAUAUGCAUUGUUGAUGGCGAAGAAUAUAACGUAUACCGACCCGGGUACUGGCCUAACCUACACCAACCUGCUCGAUCAAAUGCUUGACUCGGUUAUUUUUGCCAUGAAACGGAUCGGGUUUCCGGAUCUUCGGUUAUUCAUAGCCGAAACCGGGUGGCCCAAUGGUGGAGAUAUUGACCAGAUUGGAGUUAACAUUUACAACGCUGCCACUUACAAUCGGAACGUAAUCAAGAAAGUAACUGCUAAACCGCCGGUCGGAACACCGGCUCGACCGGGUGCGGUUAUACCGACAUUUAUAUUUGCUCUCUACAAUGAGAACCAAAAAGGAGGACCGGGUACGGAGCGGCAUUUCGGGUUGUUGUACCCGAACGGGUCGAAUGUGUAUCAGAUUGAUUUGUCGGGUGAGACGCCCGAGUUGGAGUUCAAGCCGUUGCCCAAGCCGACGAAUAAUGAGCCGUACAAGGGGAAGAUAUGGUGUGUGGUGAGUAGAGGUAGACGUGCGAAUGUGACCGAGUUGGGUUCGGCGUUGGCGUAUGCGUGCGGGCAGGGUAAUCGGACUUGUGACCCGAUUCAACCCGGAGGAAAGUGUUAUAACCCGAAUUCACUGGUUCGGCAUGCGAGUUAUGCAUUUAGCUCGUAUUGGACACAGUUUAGGAAUGCUGGUGGGACUUGUUUCUUUAAUGGGCUCGCACGUCAGACCACUAAGGACCCAAGCUAUGGGUCUUGCAAGUUCCCAAGCAUUACGGUUUGAAGUUGGCUGUGGAAGGGGCGACCUCAAAUUUUGGAGGAUUCUGCUAAAUAAUGCCAUAAUAAAGACCUCUCUCUACACUGACUCGAGGCUAGAUCGUCUAUUCAGAACCUUCUCUAUUGCUUUGUUUCAAAUCAUUUCUUUACUGGAUUAAUUUUUCCAUCAGAUCUUGUGAUGGAAAGGAAUCUUGAAACAGGGAGAUAAGGAAGAUCAGGAGAUAGAAUUUCCGUCCUUUACACUUUGAGCAGUGAUUAGUUUUUUAUUUUUUAUUUAUUUUUAUUAUUAUCAAUUUUUUUUGCCUGUUAUAUUAGCCCCUUAAUCGAAUCAUUGUUUUCAAACACAAUUUUAUUUUUUAGGGAGCAAGUGCGGGGUUUCAUUCCAAUUUAUAGGAUUGAAAUCGGUUCCACGUCAGUUUAUUAUAUUCAAGACUAAUAUUUAUUUCUGUCUUGCUUUU